AAAUGAAAAAAAGGCAGGGAUUAUUCAGCUGCAUCUUUCUAAACUACAAGAACAUUUAAGAAUAAAAUUUAAAGUUCUCCAGUAGAUCCAGCAUGGUGCAUGCAACCAGAGAUAGUAUCACCGAGGUGAGGAACACAGGGAGAUAAUGAUGGCAUUGUGUGAUCGGGUUAAGAGUCUAUACACGUAAAGUGAGGACUGAGGCUGAACAGGUAAGUUAGGUUAUAGGUUAGCCAUAUGAUACGCCGCCCGCUGGAGCUUUUGGUCAUCUGACCGAGGCCUUCUGCUGGCUUACCGUUCCACACACUCUUAAAAAUUAAGGUUAUGAUUUUUUAACAGUUAAGUGAUCGGAGAGUAGAGUAAACGAGUGAAAUUUACAAAUCAUGUAUACAUAGAAUGUAUACAUAGAAAAGUGGACAAUAAAGAAGCUAAAUAGUACGGUUGAUGGAAGCGGCAAGUAUGUGGAAUGAAAGGGAAAGUAUGAUCCAGAUAAGUACGAAGCAGAGGUCGAGGGCCAAGGAGGCUUGAAGUGAAGUCAUGGACCAAAAUGGCAGAUCAACAGGCAAGGAAACGGAUGCACCAUGGGCGUGUGGGCGUCUUUUAGGGCGUCGGUCGAAGUCUACAGGCAGGUCGCAGCUCCGGAGUACCCGCAUAACUUGCAGGCAAGACCAAGUAUAAAAAGUCUGCGAGAUCCUCACCUCGGCAUCAUUCUACUCUCACUCCCCACCUGUUGCACUUCUCCUCACACACCUGUGACGACGAUGAAGCCAACGCUGACGAUACUCCUGCUGGUGUCCAGCUUAACCUUGGCGGAGAAGACCGACUCGUCCAGUAAGGCCAACUCCCGGUUACUGCCCUUCUUUGGCAAUAUCAAGUUCCCGUUCGGAUUCUUUGGACUUCCCAGCCCACCCGGAUUCCAUGCACUUCCCAGUCCACCCGGAUUCCCUGUACUUCCCACUUUCCCUGGAUUUGGUGGCAACAAAGGCUUCUUUCCAUUUUUCCCAUUCUUUGGAGGAAGUUAUCCAAGUAUUUUUCCAGUAUUUGGGGGCCAACAUGGCGGUUUUCCAGGAUUAUCGGACAGUCCAGGCAGUGCUCAAGUAUCCGGAGGAUAUCCUGGGGUAUACCAAGGAUUGGGCUUAAAUGAUAAGCCUUUAAUACAAGUAGGUACAGGUAACACUAAACCAGCUAUUGGAUAAAGUGGAAAAUGCUCCACUUCACAGAGGUCCAACAGAGAAAGGAUCCAAACUAUAAAGACGUCGACCGUGAACUUCAAGAUUCGCUCAACCAAAUCAUUGCACCAAGAUUAAUCUUCAUCCUGUUGCAUCACAUAAUUCUCACACCAUUAUUCAUCUUAAACACAUUAUCCGUGGAGGUCAUCUGCAAAUCACACUCAUAUAUUUAACUAAUUUAUUUAACCAGUAUUUCAUUCAUGUGUGUUGAAUCGCCUUUACACUCUUGUCUUGGUAUAGACUGCCAGCUUCAUAAACCUUGUCAUUACUCGUCCAUUCUCAAACAUUACUUUACCUAUGGCCAGCGUAUUCGCUCAAGAAUAAAUGUAAAUAUCUGUCAAAAUCUCUUACUAGUGCUGUCUGAAUGUAAAUAUAAUUAAACGAGCAAAUGUAUUUUUCUCCUUAUGUACUUAAAUAUACUGUGUAUUAAGUCG